AGACGGAGAGAGAGAGAGCUGCUGGAAAGGGCAGGCUUUCAUUCAGCAGAGAAACAUGUGCGCUUCUCCCCAAAUUCACUUUAUGUAAACCCAGGGCUGUGAACAGUAUUGAUCCCUGGCACUCAAUGAGAGGACUAACGGGAAUCCAAACAAGGGCUUGGACGCUUACCGGUUGUAGGACUGCGCCGUGUGAUUUGGUCUUUAUUUUAGACGGCUCAUGGAGUGUCGAAGAUGUCAAUUUUGAACUAGUUAGACGAUGGCUCGUCAACAUAACAACAAGCUUCAACAUUGGACAGAAGUUUACCCAGGUUGGAGUCGUCCAGUACAGCGAUGACCCCGUUUUAGAGAUACCUCUGGGGAAGUACAAUUCUAACAAAGACCUCCUCAAAGCCAUGGAGUCCAUUGAGUACAUGGGGGGAAACACAAGGACAGGGACAGCCAUUAAGUUUGCCACAGACAAACUGUUUGGCCUUUCUGAGCGUGGCCCAUCAGGCAUUUCCAGAAUCGCUGUUGUCCUCACAGACGGAAAGUCGCAAGAUGAGGUUUUGAAAGCAGCCGAGGCAGCAAGAAAAAAAGGAGUAAUUAUGUUUGCAAUCGGUGUUGGGUCGGAGACAGAAACAGCUGAGUUGAGAGACAUUGCAAACAAGCCGGCUUCAACUUAUGUGUUCUCAGUUGAGGACUACAAAUCUAUUUCCAGGAUUAUUCAGGUCAUACGACAAAAACUGUGUGAAGAGACUGUUUGUCCAGCAAAAAUUCCUAUAGAUUCCCGUGAAGAAAAGGGCUUUGAUCUUCUGUUACGUUUAAACUUGGCUAAAAAAGCAAAGAAGACAAAAGGAGCCUUUUACGGCUCUAAGGCCUAUGAAGUCACAUCUCGUCUGGACUUGAGUGAAGCUACACGGAACCUCUUUCCAGAUGGGCUGCCACCGUCGUACGUUUUUGUUGCCACAAUGAGGUAUAAAGGAUCAGUGACGAUAGAGGACUGGGAUUUAUGGAGAAUACAGACACGGGAUGGGAGACCUCAGAUGGCAGUGACUCUGAAUGGACUGGACCGCACCGUCAUGUUCACGACAACAAGCACAGCACCAAGUGGAAUUCAGACGGUUACAUUUUCCCAACAAACAACAAGGAAGCUGUUUGAUGAGGCAUGGCACCAGAUGAGGCUGCUGGUCACUGAGGAGGAUGUGACUCUUUAUGUUGAUGACAUGGAAAUCGAGUCCCUAUCCUUGGAGCCUCCAGUUGGCAUUUUCAUCAAUGGGAAAACCCAAGUUGGAAAAUAUGUCCGAAAGGAAACAACAGUGCCAUUUGAAAUUCAGAAACUUCGCAUCUACUGUGACCCGGAGCAGAACACCAGAGAGACGGCGUGUGAAAUACCUGGAGUUUGCUCCAACAGUCCUGACUACGCUGAACCAACUCUUGAGCCUUGUGUUUGUCCUCCUGGACCCCCCGGACUUCCAGGAAUAAAGGGAGACCAAGGAAACAUUGGCAAACCGGGUCAGCCUGGACCUGCUGGUGCUGAUGGUAAGCCUGGUAACCCUGGAACUAGAGGGAGUCCAGGGCUGCCAGGCCCACCAGGAGUGGAGGGAAAACGUGGGCCAGAUGGGAACAAAGGCGAGCAAGGGAGGUCUGGUGUUUCGGGUGAGAGGGGUGUUCCUGGAUUACAAGGAUUGCCUGGAAAACCUGGAGAGAAGGGCUCAAUAGGAUCCACAGGAAUUUCAGGGCUACCGGGAACAGCAGGGCCAGUGGGUGAAAAGGGGACUAUGGGACCUGCUGGGCCCUCCGGUUACCCAGGAGAACCUGGUCUACCCGGGAGGGAUGGAAAAGAUGGAUUUCCAGGGAGACCUGGUGAAAAGGGAGAGACUGGGACCAGUGGCAUUCCUGGUGUGGAUGGACGGGAAGGACAUCCCGGUAUGCCUGGAUUGCCAGGGAUUGCCGGUCUGGAUGGAGCAAAGGGGGAAUCCGGAUUACCUGGUCUGAGGGGCUUCACGGGAUCAUCUGGACCACCUGGUGAGAUUGGUUUACCUGGCACACCUGGGUUAAAAGGACAAACCGGACCUAAGGGGAAUAAGGGUGAAGGUGGAAGUCCAGGCACACAAGGGACACCAGGACCUGUGGGGAGUGCAGGAGAACCAGGGAGAGAAGGUCAGCCGGGGCACCCAGGCAUGCCAGGCCUGAAGGGCAGCAAGGGACAAAGAGGAAGUCAAGGUGAAAGAGGAGAGACGGGAAUGAAAGGUGAAAAAGGAGUGAAUGGUCGACCAGGGGAACAUGGCUCAACCGGGCCAACAGGACUAAAAGGAGAGAAAGGGACAACAGGGGAUCCGGGGCAGAGAGGUCAAGAAGGUCAAGUGGGACGACCUGGACAGUCUGGUCACUCAGGCCCACCUGGCCCCCGAGGGCUGCAGGGGGACAGUGGGAUCCCGGGCCCACCUGGACCUGAAGGACAAUCUGCAAGUCAAAUGUCGGACAAUCACAUACGUCAGAUCUGCAGAGAGAUUCUUCAGUCUGAGCUACCUUUAUUGUUGCUGAGCAACCAGCAGGGUACCUGUAAAAGAUGUCAAAGUCGGCCUGGAUCUCCUGGUCCUCCAGGUCAAACUGGGCCCCAGGGACUCAGGGGUUUUCCUGGACUUAGUGGUUCCAGGGGACAGCCAGGCUUCCCUGGUCGGCCUGGGCACCGUGGAAUUAACGGUCUGAAAGGGGAACCAGGUUUAGAGGGUGAGAGAGGGAGUCCUGGUCGAUCCACCAUUGGAGACCAAGGGCCACCUGGGCCCCCAGGUCCAAUGGGUCCCCAGGGGUACGGUAAGCCAGGUCCUCCAGGUAAACCUGGGUCUCCUGGUAUAAACGGAGCAGAGGGCAAAAGUGGAAAUCCUGGCAUCCCCGGUCAGCCUGGGGUCUGCGAUCCAUCCAUGUGCUAUGGUAGCAUGAUGAGGAGGGAUCCUUACAGCAAAGGGCCAAACUAUUGACGUAAUGCAUCGUUUCAAGCUGUCAUGGAACAAACAGACAUUCUCAGGAAGAUCUCAUCUUAAUAGUUUUACUCUGUCGUGGCAAUAAAAACAGACCUCCUCCAACAACAUGUGUGUGAUCUCAGACAGUCAACAGAUCCAGAUCCCUUCAUACUUUCAUUUUGUAUUAUUUACAUGUCGUUU